AUGGAAUCAAAUGGAACGCGCAAAGGGCCGCUGCCUGGAGGUCGCCAGGGCGCGUCUGGAGCUGGCGCUGGACGCGACAGCAUGCGAACCGCCAGCCGAGCGCGAGGUGCUGCACGACCACCCAGCAGCUCCUCGCAUCCAUCAUCCCCACCAGCUGGCUUGGUGUCGGCAGGGUCUUCGCGGGCUCAGCAAUCGGCACCCGCCACUGGUGGAGUACGCCGCAUGCGUUGGACAACCCAGAUGAACAGCAACGCAUUGCGGGCGUAUUUUAGGGCGAAAGGGGGAGAAACUGGAGGUUUUGCGUAUCGGGCAAGGAUGCAUCGACUUUUUGCUGAGCUGGAGCCAUCUGUAAUCGUCACCGAGCAAAACCUGGCAGACCGAGUUCGGUAUAUCUUGCGCUCAAAUACAUUUGAUGUCACCGAACUCGAACGGCUACGACGUGAGGCUGUUCCUUCAUCGGGUGAAAAUGCUGCGGCUGAGGAUGCGGCGCCACAACUUGCUGAGCAAACGGCAAAUGUGGAUGCCGCCGUGAAUACGCCAGUUGUGGUUGAUUCAAACGAUGAUGGAACAGUCGCCCAGGAACUGGAACUAGAGCAAAUGAGGAGUACAUUGGAAGAGGCGAUUGUGGAAACGCGCAGUACGACUCUCGAAAAUCGACCGCGACUUCCCCGCUUAGCCCUAAGCAAGCGGAAUCGGGCUGUCGUGAGGGCUCUGAACCCAAUGCUGGUUACCUAUUUGGAAGCCAGCCGGGACCUUUGCGAUACGGACUCAAUUCUUUUUGGCGCCGCACUGGCAGUCUGCCGUAUUAUAGGUGCCAAACUUUCCACGGCUGGACGCGCUACUGGACAAAGUAGUGCUAUCCCAGCCUGGAGAAUAAGAAUUGAAGAACGUAUCGCAAAGGCUAGGGCCCUCAUCGGCAGACUGAUAUGCUUCAGGUCAGGCAAUACCAGGCCAAGGAUUGUGCGCACCGUCAGGAUGGCGUUUGCUGGGACAAAUGUUAGUUUGUCCCAGCCGGAUAUAAUGCAAAAACUGACGGAGCGCAUAGACGACCUGAAGCAAAGAAUAGCUGCUUGGGGAAAGCGGAUUCGGCGAUAUACCGAGAGGUCGACACGGUUCAACCAGAAUCGUCUCUUCCAGAGUGAUCAGAAGAGGCUCUAUAAAUCAUUGGAGCGACCAAUAGUAAGUGGAACGGGCCCUGCACCAAAUCUGGCCGACAUGGUCGCAUUCUGGCGCAGCCUGUGGUCAGAGCCCGUAAACCACAACGAGGGCCCUUGGACGGAAGUUGUGGCGAGUCAGUGUGCGAGUAUUACGCCCAUGGACCCCGUCAUCAUAACGCCGGAUGACGUAGCUGAGGCGGUCCGUAGGGCCCCGAACUGGAAAAGUCCGGGGCUUGACGGGCUGCAUCACUACUGGCUGAAGGGGUUCAUGGUGUGUCACUCUGUGCUCGCCCGACAGUUUCAAGAGGCUCUCAACCAGAAGUCGCUCCCAAGCCUCUUCACUACUGGGAUCACUCAUUUGGUUCCUAAAGAUCAGGGUGCCAUAGACCCGAGCAAAUACCGCCCCAUCACGUGGAAAUCAGAAAAUGUGUGGGAUCGUUUAACGCACACUCGUCCUGAGUUGAUCGCUGAUGGCACCAAUGGGGACAUUGCUUGCGAUUCUUAUAACCGUUACCUUGAGGAUGUGGAUGAAUUAGCUUACCUUGGAGUCGACUUCUACCGCUUCUCGCUAUCUUGGGCUCGGAUCCUACCAACAGGUCGAGUCGAUUAUGUAAAUCUGGACGGAAUUCGUUACUACAACGCUCUCCUUGAUGCUCUUGCGGAAAAGAACAUCGAACCACUGGUAACAUUAUUCCACUGGGAUCUACCUCAAUCACUUCAAGACCUCGGAGGUUGGGCAAACCCGAAAAUGGUUGAUUACUUCCGUGACUACUCUGACCUCUGCUUUAAAGAGUUCGGUGACAAAGUCAAAUCAUGGAUCACCGUCAACGAACCCUAUGAAAUUUGUGAGGAUGCUUAUGGCGAUUUGAAGAAAGCUCCGGCUCUUGAUAGUCACGGUGUGGGGAACUACCUAUGCAGCGAUACACUACUUAAAGCACACGCUGAGGUCUAUCACCUCUACAACGAUACCUACAGGCCAGUGCAAAACGGUAGGAUAAUGAUCUCGCUCAACUCCAUCUGGUAUGAACCCAGCGACCCAAGCAACGCCGAACAAGUCGCCUUAGCUGAAGUGGCAAAUCAGUUCAAAUUCGGAUGGUUCGCUCACCCGAUUUUCACCGAAGAAGGUGGAUACCCAGCGGUAAUGGUAGAGAACGUAGCCCAACAGAGCGCUGCUGAAGGUCUUCCUAAACCACGAUUAGAACAAUUUGAUGAAUACUGGAUUCAGAGGAUCAAGGGAACUUCAGAUUUCCUUGGUAUAAACCACUACACGACACAUUUAAUAACCGGAGCAGGAGUCGAUCCCACCGCAAAAUCACCUUCUUGGCUCAAAGAUAUUGGAGCCGUAACAACUAUGGAAGUCGGCGGUGACUCAGCUUCUGAAUGGCUUAGGGCUGAUAAAGAAAGAGAGAGAGAGAGAGAGAAGGAAAGAGGGAAAAAGAAGAAAAUAUUUAUCAAUAUAAACUCUAAUUUACAGGUGGUGCCAACUGGUUUCGCUAACCUACUCCGCUGGUGCAAGAGCUCUUACAACGAUCCACCGAUUUAUAUCACUGAGAACGGUUAUUCAGACCGUGGUACUUUAGAGGAUUACGGACGUAUCAAAUACUUCAACCCUAACAAUAAUAAUCCUAUUUACGACUACCUUACAGAAAUAUUGAAUGUUAUAUACGAAGACGGCGUUAAAGUUCUGGGAUACACGGCCUGGACGUUAAUGGAUAACUUUGAAUGGAGAGCUGGCUUCUCCGAACGCUUCGGAUUUUAUUACGUAGACAUCACAGAUCCCAAUAGGCCACGCACACCAAAGUUAUCUGUAGAAUAUUAUAAAAAAUUGAUUGCCCACCGCGAACUGCCCCAAGAUGACCGCUUCAAGGAUCCCUUGCAAAUAUCCAAAACCGAACUAUAA